UGUGGUGCGUGAAGUCUAUGGCAUGUGAUGUUUCAUCAAAAGUGUUAAUUUUAUGAUAAAUUAACAUCAGAUAAAAACAAUUCUGUGCUUAAAAAUCGUUUAUUGGUUCAUAUAUUGUGUGUUUGUGUAUAAUUCGCAGUGACAAGUGGUAUAUUUAACAAGAAAUCUUGAUGGAUAUAGACCCGUCACCUGAGGGAGUUAAGAUAUGGGGUCAAAUAUUUUAAAUAUGUACCACCAAGCACCAUACCGUAACAUCGGACACAAGGUGUUGCGGGCCACGAGCGAGUCGGGCACUUCCGAGAGCAGCUGCACACAGAACUCUCCGGAGUACACAAAUCAGAAAGCCAAUGAUGAUAGUGAGGAUGGGGAGUAUUGGGAUGAUAAGCAGCAAGUGUGGAGCCAAAGCGAACAAGUGAGUGUUAAGGUAAAUAUCACAAAAACAAACCACGAUGUCAGUUUCGAUGAGAAUGAACAUAUAGACGUCCAGAAUGUAUCAGUAGAUGAUUCCAGUCCUAGUUCUCUUGAAGAGGGGAACAGCUCAGACGAAGGCGACUGCAACUCUCUGGUAGAAGGUGACGACUACGAUAUAAUACAGGUCAUAGCAGUAGACCCAGAUUUAGAUCUUGCGUCCUCUGAUGAGGAGCAAGAAGAAUGUGCAGACGCCACAGAUGACGAGUACAUAAAUCCAGAAGAAGAUUAUCGGAUAGACAAUGAUAAAGUCGAUACGUUAGGGCCAAACGAUCUGGGUAUAAACUUAGAUGCACCAGUUGUUUCAAAUGUCGAUGAAUAUUUCAUAAAGAAUGACGAUAAAAUACUCGAAGCCAAAGACGAGCCUGUCGUCAAAGAUGUCGACGAGUAUUUCAUCAAAGAACCAGCGGUAGCUCCCAAUGUUGCCGCUGAAGAUAGAUCUCAAUACGACCAAGGCAUCGAUUUUCGGAUAACAGAAAGUAAACCUAUCGUUGAUAGUCCAGUAAAAGCCGAGCCAAUGAAAAAAGAAGUUGAGUGCACCAACGAUAAUGAUCUAGAAGGUCUCUCAAAUAUUGAUUACUUGAAGAAUUUCAUACUUGACGACUUACAGAAUGAUAGGUUUAGAAUCGCACCGAGAUCGCAAAACUCAGUCUCUCUGCCACAAACACCGAUGCACAAUCUUUGCAUGGAUAUAGAUGCGAAGACGUGCUUCAGUUUCGAAGACCUCGACUUAAACGAUCUUAGUUUUGAAAACUUUAAAGACAAAUCUUCUGGCAGCAAUAAAAAUGAUGACAUUCCAAGAACUUUAACUGAUGAGGAGAUAAAUAGCUUUCUUAUCACCGACAAAAAAGGCGAAAUUAAACCGGACAUUAACGAAAAUGUAGAUGAUUUAACACAUCAAGAUAUGGAAAUAGAAAAGCCUUUAGAUUCAUUUAUAAAAUGCAUUGAACCACCUGAAAUUAUUAAUACAAUACCUGAACGAUCAUCCACUCCACUGCCAAAGGCCGUUCUGGAUUUUUGCAUUGAGAAAUCAAUGCAAUCGCCUGUCAAAACUAAAGUAUCUCCCGUAAAGCUGGAGGUACCAGAUUUCGUUGAUAUAAAAACGUGCAACAAGGUUAAUUUACCAGUACUGAAAGCUAAUAACUUAAAUUCACUACUAGAACAAUUUGAGGCUUCUGAAAAACUAACGGAAACUGUAGUCACUGAGAAUAGAAAUUUAAAAACGAAAAAUUCUAGUCGCAUGCGCCUUCAGGAUGCGGGUAUUCAGUUGAACAAAAAUAAAAUGCGUCACAUUUUGAUGCCCACGACAGUAAACGCCACAAUAACGCGAUCUCCAAGUCCUGUUCACGCGGACCAUGAUUAUUGCUCCACGAAAAAGAGACACAGCGCCAGCCAUUUGAAAAGUGGCCGCAGUCUUCUUAAGCCAGACGUACUAUCUAGCAACAAUGAGAUACUAAACUCUAGGCACCGAUCUUGUAAAAGCAAAAAAAUUAUCUAUAGCUUAAGUAGUGACGACGAAAGUGACAACAAAGAUAAAAAGAAACUCAAUAAUCGCGUUAUAGCUGAAACGGACCUUAAAUCAAAGAAAUCCAAUAUAAAAAUAUCCAAACCACCUCCCAAAUCAAAGACUAUACGCAAAAAAGAGGAUGUUUUUAGUGAGCUCGUAGGUAGUUUGGAGAAAAGUAACGGUUCUGUGAUUGUGGAUAAUGCUACUAAAGCAAGUGAUAUUUGUAGUCAAAACAGUAGUGGUAGUAUUAAGUUAACUAUUAAAAACAAAUCUGAAGUCAUUUUAAAUAAUGUAGACGUCAAAGACAAUAAAAACGAUAACUUUAUCGAUAAACAAGUCGAUAGUAGUGUAAGUAUAGACAAAGUGCAUAAAAAGUCUAGUAGCUUAGUAGAAAAAAAUAAAAUAAUGGAUAGUUUUGAAAAUAAAGACAUUAUACAUCAAGUGGAUACUAAAAGCGUGAAAAUAAAAGAUGAAGAUACGAACCCUGAAAACUUUUACACGACACUUUUUGAUGAAAAGGAUGUGCACAUACCACAGAAUAUUCUUGUUGAAGUCAAAGAAGAAAUCAAGGAAAAAGUUGAAGAUAUUGUCGAACAACAACCUGCAAAGAAGAAAAAGUUGAAUCUACAAGAGUAUAAAUUACGCAGAGGAUUUAAUUCUAACGCAAGUUCGGCACAAGUGAGUCCAGAAUCAAUAUUCCCAGAAACACCAAACUUGCUGUUGGAAAGUUGUCCCACCUCUUCACAAAGUAAUACCGAAAGCAGCACUCCUAAAAAGGAACAAAGCGAGGAAGCUAAAACAAUUUUCGACCCGAUACGGGAGGCUUCACGAAAAAUCAUCAUGAUCUCUAGGAAACAGAAGGUCGAAGCUAUGAGAAAGAAGGAGGAAGAAUUACUAAUGCGCAAUAUUGGUAAAGUCGAAACUCUCGAAAUACAACCGUUGAUAAGCGACUCAGAAAUGAUGAAGAUAAUUGGAAUGGCACCCGAGGUUGUGCCCGUACUAAUAGUGGAAAAAGUACCAGCACCGGCAGACUAUGAUGAAGUAGUUUUAGUCAGUGUCGGCACGAAUACAGAUGAAAACAUGUUCAAAACGGUCCCCAAAUCGCCAGAGCGUAAUAAAAGGAAAUGUGACUCUCCGCCGACCGAAAAGAAAUCGAAUAUCAAUUUCAAAAUUAGGAAAAAUGAUCAAUUGCUUAAACACAAUGUUUUCGAUUCGCAUAGAAAAGAUAAUGGUGUAGAGAACCGUGAACAUCAUCAUAAUGAAGGAAAGAUUGAUAAAGAAAGGUAUAAAGACAUCAAAGCUACUCUGAAGAGUGUAGAAAAGCAAGUCGAUACGAAAAUAUCAAAUAACUCUUUAUUUGCUAGUAUCCAAGAUGUGGUCAUGAAAAAAGCACCGUCUUCGACAUCUCCCAGUAGAGAGUCCCAUAGACAAAAACGGAGCUCCUCUGCAGACAGGAGUCCUAAAAUAAAAACAACAAUCGUACGCGAAUACGACGUAAACGCGGAACACGGGGAAGACAAAGUCAUAUUACAUUUGAAAAAGAACACGGAAAAACCUAAAAAUAAAUCAGAAUGCUGUCAAACCGACUCCACUGAUUCUAAAACACCUGGGACACCUUCAGUGCAGGCUACUGAAGUAGCACAGAGUAGAAGUAGACAUGACAGUGACAUGUCAUUGUCUAGCGAGGAGGAAACACCCGUUGAACCAAAAGAUCCAACACCGUCACCACAAAAGGAAGUAAAAGCUGCGGUGGCAAAGCCAAGAGUAGAGUCCAACGAGAGAGUUCAACAAAAAGAAAAAUUACGUGCCAGCGAGAAUCGUUACGAUAGUAAAUGCAGGCGGUCCAGGUCUCAUUCAAGAGGAAGAAGAAGAAAUGGAUCACCCGUUCGAAGAAGAUCUGGGUCGCCUCGAAGAAGAUCCUUUUCACCCCGCAGAAGAUCGGGAUCUCCCAGAAGAAGAUCCAGGUCCAGAGAUCGUUAUAGAUCAUACAGAAGACGGGAAUCCCCGUACAGAAGGAAUAGGAGAUCUAGAUCUCCCUAUCGUCCUAGAAGAUCACCGUCUAGACGGGAUUACAAGACUAGUAGGACGCGAUCAAGAUCAAGGCACAAUACUCGCAAGAAGUCCCGAACUCCAGUGCCAAAACGGCAAAGCAGUCCGAAAUAUAAUAACUAUAGAGCGAGCAACGAUAAAAAGCCUGUAGCGCAGCCGCAGCCAGCAAGGAAACCUACAGUGUCUGAAAGUUCGUACAGUUCGUCUGUGUCAAGAUCAUCAUCGGUAUCCAAGACUUCGACAUCAUCUAGUAGCUCGUCGAGCACAUCGGCCUCCUUCCGUAAGGAUGAGGGGUACAGCAAUAAAGGAUACACCAACAGCUUCAGUUCUGAAGACAGAGAGAACAACACACCUGUCGAAGAGAGACGCAUAGUGUUUGUUGGUAAACUGGAGAAAGACAUAACGAAGGGCUCGCUGAGAACUCAGUUCUCCAAGUUCGGUCCCGUCACAGAAGUGAGGCUGCAUUCUAAGGAGGACGGAUCUCGCUACGGCUUCGUGACUUACCAGCGGCCGCGCGACGCGUGGACUGCGGUGGAAAACGCGUCGCUCUUCCCACAGUAUGACGUGGGUUUUGGUGGCAGAAGAGCGUUCUGCAGACAGAGUUAUGCUGAUCUCGAUGGUCUCGAAGCGAAAUACACCGAGAGCGCUUUCCACGGCCAAGCAGCGCUGCCUAUACGACGCAACGAUGACAUGUCGUUCGAACAGAUGCUGCUUGACAUGAAAAACAAGCUGAACAAGCGCAAAGACAAGCGCGACGACACAGCUUGACAUUUGCUCAACGUCCGCCAUCUUGUCGCCUCACUUCUGACGCGCCUGUCAAACUUCGCACUGUAGCUAUCGCUGUCAGAGUGACAGCUGACAACUCGACACCUGUCGCUGUCAGACUGACUGCUGUCAACCCGACAGCUGUCUACCCAACACUUGUCGCUGUCAGGCUGACAGCUGUCAAUCCGAAACCUGUCACUGUCGCAGUGACAGUGACGUUCGGUUCGUGCAAUAAAAGACACGCUUGAUUUUUGCUCAUAAGACUUCGCUUCCUCUGUAAAUAGUAGUUUUUAGUGUUAGUUUCAUUUUUAAUUCUACCUCUCAUUUAGUAAGUGUAUAGUUUAGUUUUUUUUUUGCGAUUUAUAUUAAGAUGGCAAAAGUUUCGAUCGUACAGCCUAGUUCGUGUUACAUCGUUUAAUUUUAAUAUUAAGCAACGAUCAGUAGACUGGUUUUUCUUUAAGUUUAAUUAAUUAAUAAUUAAGGAGUCAUUUUAUGUAGAGGCUAAUUAAAAAAUCAUGAUAAAAUGCGAGAGAUUUGUCAAUUAUUACGCCUCUGUUACCUUACAUGUAAAAUAUCGUAUGUAAAUAAAAAGUUUUCUGGAUGUCUUUACAUGAUAUUUUUUAAGUUGUGUUGCCAACAGGAAAAAUAUUAGCCCUCCUACUAAUAUUUUUCCUGUUGGCAACACAACUUAUGAUAAUCACGCAAUGUAUACUAUACAAUCUCUACUUGUCUAUGUAUAUCAUAUUUUACGCUGCGUUAAUAUAUCUAUUAGUAGGAGAGCCGCACUCAAAUACAUUUAUUGAUGAUUAAACUUUAUUUCAAUGAAGAGUUUGCCAGAUAACGUAUGGGUCUUAUGUCAAAACGAGCUUUUGCCCGUGGCUUCGCUCGCGUUAAGAAGUAUUAUUAUAU